AUGGCUGAAGAUAGAGAAUACGCCAUCGCUCCAGCAGCUCUAAUAGAUCUCUCCCGGGACGAGGAUGCGGACUCGGCCUACGGAGGGGACAUUCAAAGCGAAACAGCGUCUCUAACGUCUUCUAUUACCAACUACAGGUUCGAAAACGGAAGACGUUAUCAUGCCUACGGGGAAGGGGAAUAUUGGGCACCAAACGACGAGACUCAAAACGACCAACUCGACAUCGCAAACCACAUUUUCCUGUUACUUUUCGACGACAAACUUUUCCAAGCGCCCAUAGGCUCUAGUCCACAAGAAGUGCUUGACGUUGGCACCGGUACUGGUAUUUGGGCCAUCGACUUUGCCGACCAGUUUCCCUCCGCCAGUGUGAUUGGCACUGAUCUGUCUCCGAUUCAACCGUUGUGGGUCCCUCCCAACUGCCAAUUCGAAGUCCAUGACUGCACGCAGGAAUGGGGUUUUAGAGAAAAUCGGUUUGACUUCAUCCACGUCCGCGCCCUUUACGGCUCCAUCGCUGACUGGCCCGCCUUCUACGACCAAGUCUACGCGCAUCUAAAGCCAGGGGGUUGGUACGAGCAGGUCGAGUACAGUGUCGACUGGAAGACAGACGACGACUCGAUCCCUCCAGGCCACAUUUUCCACGACGCGUCUGCAAACUAUAUCGAGGCUGGCGAGAAGAUGGGGAAGACUUUUCGUAUUCUCGACCUCCAGAAGGACCACAUCGUUCGAGCCGGUCUCGUCAACGUAGCCGAAAAGCGAUACAAAAUGCCGCUCGGGCCGUGGGCAAAGGACAAAAGGUUGAAGGAGAUUGGCCGCUGGCAUCUCCUAGAAGCUUGUCAAGGAAUCGAAGGUUGGACAAUGGCGCUGUUCACGAGGGUUCUAGGGUGGUCCUUUGAAGAAGUGCAGGUAUUUCUCGCCGGGGUGAGGCAGGGCUUCCAGGAUCGCAAAAUUCACGCCUACACGAGGGUGUCGGUCGUAUAUGGGCAGAAGCCGGUGCGAUGA